UUUCGACACAAUCACAUCCGCAUACCAUGUCCGAACCAGACACCUCCAACGGCGCGCUGGGCGCCCUCGGCCCCAUUGGGCCGCUGCAGCGGCGGCUGAAUGAUGUGCGCGCAUUCCAGCUCCCGCGCUUACGGACGUGCGCGUCCGUCGCAAUGGCGCGCGACUUGGCCGCCGAAGCGCGCUCCGACCUCGAAGCCGUGCGCGCCGCGCUCGAAGAGGCGCACGAAGAGGCGGAGAACCUGCCGGCGCGCGAGCGCGAGGCGGCCGUCGCGGCCGUGACGGCGCUCGAGGGGGAGUACGCAGUGACACACGCUGAAUUCCGCUCCGCCCUCGUCGCCGCUAAGAAGGCGAGCGCGGCGGCUGCGCGCAAGCACGAGCUCCUCGAGCCACUGGACGAGCCGCGCGCCGAGCCCGCGGUCGUGGGCGGCGAUGACGCGCUGCAGACCAAGACGAACGAGGUGACGGACGCGCUGCGGCGCACCACGCAGCUCCUCCAGACGGAGCUCGAGCGCAGUGUGCUCAGCACGCAGAUGUUGAACGAGUCGACUACCACGAUGCGCAGCACGCAGAGCUUGUACGACAACUACACGGCGCUGUUGAGUGCGUCGGGGCAGCUUGUGCGCGCGAUCGAGCGCGCGGACUGGUGGGACCGCGCGCUCAUCAUGGCGGCCUUCGCGUGCUUCCUCCUCGCGGUGUUGUGGGUCGUCAAGCAGCGCGUGUUGGACCGCGUGGGCGGGGCGGCGGUGUGGUGGGUCGGCGGCAGCUACAAGCUCCUGCGCAUGGUGGGGGGAGGCGGCGUGAGAGAUGUCGCGACGGCUGGAGGCGCGGCCGUAGCGGCGGGCGCGGCGUCGAGUGCGGCUGCUGUGGCUGGCAAGGGCGCGGCGAAGGGCGCGCAAGGGAGGGUCGAGGUUGGGAAGAAGCUCCCGGUCAUCGGCGCGGACUCGGCCGUCAAGUCGAAACGACUAAGCGAUAAGGAGGCCAAGAACGCUCAGCCACCAGCGGAUAGCCUGGUCGAUGUGCCCGGCCAUCGGCCUGUUGACAGCCCGGUACGCGCCCCCGCCCUCGAGCCGGAGGACAUCGAAGUGCUCGAGGUGCCGCCGCGGGCGCGACCCAAGGAAGAGCUGUAAACUAGAACCAGUGGUAUGUAUCAACGGAGACUUUCUGCAUACGAGCAAGUCUAGUACAGCAUCGCAGAAUGCGGGCAUGGCACAGCUGAAACGGCCGUGUCGAAUCGAGCAAGUAGAGGCCGGAGAGGGACAGUGUGGUCGUAGCAGGGAGUGUGGGGCCUGAGCCGGGGCAAUGAGUGAUGGUAUGGACAGAGUGCUGGGUACUUGGAGGGGUGGGUAACGUGCGUCUGUCUCGAGUUUGAAGGUCGGCGUCUACUGCGGCGCGCGGAUCCGCCUCGACUUUAUAGAGAAUUAUAGACACGAAGAUAAGUCACAGAGAUAGAAUAUGCACAAGCGCGAAGUC